CGGUGGUAUCGUCCGACUCUUGCGGAGAGAGAGAGCGCAGUUGUCGGCUGCAGGUCGCCGGAGAGGGACGCACCACAUCGGCUGAGGACGUAGCACUAGAACCCGUCUCGGUUCCGUCUCUACUGUUUCUAUCUGUGUAUCUGCCUGGCAUUUGUCAUCAACUUGGGGAAUUAAAAAUAUCUUCCAAGGAGUCUGAAAAGGACAGACGGCCCUCUCAACCCCCCCCCCCCCCCCCCCCACACCCUCCACCCUAACCCACAACCCAGUGAUGCUUAGCUGCUGUAUCCCAGAGGCCCACCUUGGCAGUUAGAGGAGAGGUCAUCACCAUGACGGCGUCCUCGCAGGACCCCACCUCCUCGUUAAUGGCCGGCCUCCUCUUCCUCCUCCUCCUCCUCCCGACGGUCUUCAUGCAGAACUCGGCCGACCCGACGACCCCGUCGCUGUUCGACCCGCUCUACCAAGCCGAGUGCACCAAGAAAGAACAUCCAAAGGUUUCCAUCCAAGCGCUCAGUCCGUGGAUCUCCUCGUUCUCCCUCCCCGGCGUGAGAGACUUCUCGCAGCUCACCCUUGACCUGACGAGGAAUGAGCUUAUUGUGGGUGCCAGGAACUUCCUGUUCAGACUGGACCUCAGUAACAUGUCGCUGAUACAGGCGACAGAGUGGGCACCGGACGAGGACACCAGACGCUCGUGUCAGAGCAAAGGCAAAACAGAGAUUGAAUGUCAAAACUACAUCAGAGUCCUGCUGGUGAACAAGACUGAGGUCAUGUCCUGUGGAACCAAUGCUUUCCAGCCCCAGUGCAUCACCAGAGAGGUGGGGAACCUGAGCAGCGUCCUGGAGCGGGUGAACGGCGUGGCCCGCUGCCCGUACGACCCGCGGCACAACUCCACGGCGGUGGUGACGGAGAGCGGAGAGCUGUACGCCGCCACCGUCAUCGACUUCUCCGGCCGGGACCCCGUCAUCUACCGCAGCCUCGGAGGCAUGCCCCCCCUCCGGACCGCGCAGUACAACUCCAAAUGGCUCAACGAGCCCCACUUCAUCUCGGCCUACGACAUCGGCCUCUUCACCUUCUUCUUCCUGCGGGAGAACGCCGUGGAGCACGACUGUGGGAAGACGGUGUAUUCCCGCGUGGCUCGAGUCUGCAAGAACGACAUCGGCGGGCGGUUCCUCCUGGAGGACACCUGGACCACGUUCAUGAAGGCCCGGCUCAACUGCUCCCGCUCCGGGGAGAUCCCCUUCUACUACAACGAGCUGCAGAGCACCUUCUACCUGCCCGAGCAAGACCUCAUCUACGGCAUCUUCACCACCAACGUCAACAGUAUUGCAGCCUCGGCGGUGUGUGCCUUCAACCUGAGCGCCAUCACACAGGCCUUCAACGGGCCGUUCCGCUCCCAGGAGAACCCCCGCUCCACCUGGCUGCCCACCACCAACCCCAUCCACAACUUCCAGUGUGGCACCAUAAACGACGAGGGUCCCAACGAGGGUCUGACGGAGCGCAGCCUGCAGGACGCCCAGCGGCUCUACCUGAUGAACGACGUGGUGCAGCCGGAGUCCGUGGAUCCGCUCGUCAUGCAGGACGACGUCCGCUUCUCCAACCUGGUGGUGGACAUCGUGCAGGGCAUGGACACCCUCUACCACGUCAUGUACAUCAGCACGGAAUACGGCACCAUCUUGAAGGCCCUUGCUACGCCCAAUAAGAACCUGCAGGGGUGUUACCUGGAGGAGAUGGAGCUCCUCCCAGCGGGGGUGCGAGAACCCAUCCUCAGUCUGCAGAUCCUGCACAGCGACAGGUCGCUCUUCGUCGGGCUCAACAACCGAGUCCUGAAGAUCCCGCUGGAGAGGUGCUCCACCUACAAGACGGAGAUGCUGUGUUUGGAGGCCAGGGACCCGUACUGCGGCUGGGACUUCAGGCAGCGCAGGUGCACCACGCUGGAGGAGAGCUCUAACAUGAGUCAGUGGAAGCAGAACAUCACCGUGUGUCCGCUGCGAAACCAAACCACCAAUGGCAGCUUCGGACCGUGGGCGCCAUGGCAACCCUGCAACAACGAUGACGGCGUGGACGGCGUGAGUUCCUGUUUGUGUCGCUCCAGGUCAUGUGACAGCCCGGCGCCUCGAUGUGGAGGCAAAACCUGCGAGGGCUCCACCAUCGAGGUGUCCAACUGCUCCAGAAAUGGAGGCUGGACGCCGUGGUCGUCAUGGGGACAGUGCAGCACCACCUGUGGCACGGGCUUCGAGCUGCGUCAGCGAUCGUGUAACAACCCCUCCCCCCGACACGGUGGACGAGUGUGUGUGGGGCCGAGCAGGGACGAGAGGUUCUGCAAUGAAGGCGUGUCCUGCCCUCAGCCCAUCUUCUGGUCCCCGUGGGGCUCCUGGACCAAGUGUAGCACCGAGUGUGGGGGGGGCGUCCACUCCAGGGUCCGCAGCUGUGAGAACGGCAACAGCUGCCCAGGAUGUGCGCUGGAGUACAAGGCAUGUAACCUGGAGGCGUGUCCUGAGGUGAAGAGGAACACACCCUGGACCCCCUGGAUGCCAGUCAAUGUGACUCAGGGGGGGGCCCGACAGGAGCAGAGGAUGCGCUACAUGUGCCGCGCUCACCUGUCCGACCCCCACGAGCUGCAGAUCGGACGCAGGAAGGUGGAGACGCGCUUCUGCCCCAACGAUGGGACGGCAGCCUGCGAGACAGACACCCUGGUGGAGGAGCUGCUGAAGACCCCGGUGGUGAGAGUGCCCGGUGCCGGCUGGUCGUCAUGGGAGACGUGGUCCACUUGCUCACAGAGCUGCGCCAAAGGAUACCGAACCCGCCGGAGAUCCUGUGCCGGGCCAGAGGGGAAGAGCGCCCCCGUGGCGUGCCGAGGGUCGCCGGUCGAGUACCAGGACUGCAACGUGCAGGCGUGUCCCGUAAAAGGUGCGUGGUCCUGCUGGUCGUCCUGGUCCCAGUGCUCGGUGGGCUGCGGCGGCGGUCACUACCAGCGCACGCGUGCCUGCAACAGCCCAGCGCCCGCUAACGGAGGGGACAUCUGCCUGGGGCUACACACUGAAGAGGCGCUGUGCAACACACACACCUGCGAUGAGGGUUGUGCAUUGAGAAGGGAACAGAUGGUGCAGAGGGAGCAGCCUGACGGUGAGCAGCUGACUGAUAGGAAAGGUGGCUGGAUGGCCUGGUCGCUGUGGUCCGCCUGCGAUGACUCAGGCCUGCAGAUGAGGAGCCGGGUGUGCGGGGCCCAGGGCAGCAGCCCCUGUGUGGGGAACAGCACUCAGCGCCGAGACUGCAAUGAAAUACCCGUCAUUCUCCCUGCAUCUGGUUUUGAUAAGGACCAACACUGUGGAGCAUUCACCUCCAUCCACCUCAUCGCCACUGGAGUGUCCUGUUUCCUCGGGGCGGGGCUGCUCUCCUUCCUGAUCUAUGUCUACUGUCAACGCUUCCACAAGCCUUCGCAGGAGUCCGCCGUCAUCCACCCCACCACCCCCAACCACCUCAACUACAAGGGCAACACCACGCCAAAGAACGAGAAGUACACACCCAUGGAGUUCAAGACGCUCAACAAGAACAACCUGCUGCCGGAUGAAAGGUCCAACUUCUACCCGACGCCGCUCCAGCAAACCAACGUCUACACCACCACCUACUAUCCCGCAGCACUCGGCAAAUUCGACUACCAACCAAACUCCUCCCCUUCGCCGUGUCGGACCUACAACCAAAACAACAACAGCUGAGACUCGCCCCUCCGGCUCUCCGAACCCCCAGCCACCGCCGACAACGGACACCACCCCAAAUGCCACGGUGAUAUAACUGAACCGACGUGAACUGUAACGGACAGGUUCCUCAUCGCCAUUUCCCCGUCGUCUCUUCCGCAUGGUCGGGUCCUCAAGUUUCUGGAACUUUCCAUUUGGCGUUCGGACGAGAAAAAGGACUGGUGCAGUCAGGCUCUUCUGCAACCGGCUGGGGGGGUGUUAUGGUAACGGCCUGACUGGAUAUAGCAGUGUCAACUCAAAGCUUCAUGGGGGGAUGUAGUGGAAAAUUCCAGGAGGACGAGUUCUGGCUUUAGACCGAUUGCACAGGUGAUGAGUUCAUAUCCACAAAUCCACACGGACAGAACCGUUAAAACAAAAGACAUUUCUCUGGAUCUGGGUCACCGGUUUUUCUCUCCAUAACUAACCACAUUCUGGGCCUGCGAAGAACUUUGAGUCCCCCAACAACAGAAGCAGUUACUGCAAACAAACGGAGCGUAUCCUCGUGUCCUUGCAGAGCGAGAGAGCAACAAAACAAAAGACUCAAACAAGUCGAUGAUGAAAUUAAUUAGAGAUCAAUAUCAACCGGGUUGUUUUGGGGGCGAACGCACGCCCUGCAUUGUGGGUAUUCCACGUGACGGAAAGAUAAGAACUUCUGAGUCGGUUGUUUUGUAAGAGUCACAGCCCUCAACGGACAAGGACGGCCAGGAUUGUGGGAAGAACUGUACAUAAAGCUUUGGGAAUGCCUUGGGUGCCUGUAUGCAAAAGAGGGCAGGGGCCAGAUCCAUUUCUACUUCUUCACUUUUUUUCUUCAGACUUCUGAAAGGGAAUCGAUUGAUUCUCCAAUCGAUUCUACUGAGUGCUUAAUAGCUCGGUGGUCAUAUCAAAUAUGGCCAGUGUGCUGAACAACUGGAUAGGGGGUUUUUCUAUGAUGGUAGAAUAAGCUAGUAGACUGGCACUUGUUUUUUUGAAAUGUUUGUUGUGUUCCUAAACGAGCUGUAGCAUAGGAGGACAUAUUUUCUUUGAGUAAGAUAGAGCUGAUUAAUUUCUUGUUUCUCUAAUUUCACUUCUGAAUGAACACAUUGCUUUGUUUUUCUUGAGUUUGCAAAAGCGUCUUCGAUAUGUGAAAUAAAACAACGAUAAAACAACACAAAUAUUGACAUGUUUUUUACACAGAACGACGGUAACAUCACACACAUUUGGGGCCCGCUUUAACAGUAAAGAGUAAAUUAUGCUUGCUUAGGUGUGUGUGUGUGUGUGUGUGUGUGUGUGAGCACAGAGGGUUUGCUGUAUUUUGUACAAUGUAAAUGCUUUCAUACAUAUGAUUAUAUAUGACGAUGUGUGUCGAAGACGUGCAUUUUUUCCCACAUCCUGUCGCAGGCGUUUCUAUAUUUCAUACCUGAGGAGUCGGUCAUUGUAAGUUAAAGCAUCGCAGGAGGAACUGACAACUAUUUAAAGUCAAAGCUUGGUUUAUAAAGGGCAUUUUCACAGCUAUAUUUUAUUAUUAUUAUUGCCUGAUCGAUGAAUGCUAACCCAGCAAUGCUUUUCAGUUCAGCUACUGUACAACGCACGAGACCAGAGCUCUAUCUGUAUAUAGGAGCGACCGGUGUAAGGACCUGCAGAGGAUCGUGUAAAUGUAUCUGUAUAUUGUAUAGCUAACACUGUUUGUUUAAAAAAAAGAAAAAAAAAAGCCUUAUAGUUGUUUAAAAAAAAGUGCAGCAGCUAAGUACACACCGACCGUGGGGUUUGUUUGGGGACAGAGCUCCACAACGUGACCGCCCGCCCGUGGCUUAUGACCUGAAACAGCUGCUCACAAAGAGUAAUGAGAUAAGGGACAGAAACAAACCAUACAGACAGCAAAUAGUCAAAUAUAAUGAACAUGUAAUUUAAAAAAGUCAUUUCGAUCCAAAAACAAGCCUUUUAUAGGCGUCGUCUGAAAGCCAGCGAUCUGAUUGGUCCCCGUCGAGCUCUGUCCCCUGUGAUGUGAGGCUCUGUGCCCUUCUAUGCAACUUACCAGGUGUACUGUUAGACCUGUCAUGUAGACUGUAAUCACUGCCUUUUAGACACUGUGAAUUUUUUGGUACCCUAUAUUUUUGUAUAUUGUACAUUAUAAAGGAUAAUAAACCUUGAUGCCAACACA